AUGAAUGUGAACAAAAGGAUCGGUCGGCUCAAGCAGUGGGCUGGAGAGCGCAUGGGUGGAGAGGUGAAGACAAACCUUUCGGAUGAUUUCAAGGCGAUGGAGACCGAGAUGGGCGUGCGACACGAGGGUGUCGAACACAUCCACAAGGCCAUGACGGCAUACGUCAAAGCCAUCUCGAAGCGCAACGAGGGAGACGACAAAGAGAGGACCCUUCCAAUUGCCCACCUGGGAACAACCAUGGUGGGCCACGGGGAGGAUUUCGACGCGAGUUCCGAAUAUGGGCAGUGCUUGACCAUGUUUGGAAGGACUGAGGAGCGCAUCGCGCGUGUCCAAGAGAGUUACAUUGCACAGGCGAAUUCGAGCUGGCUUGAGUCCCUGGAGCGGUCGCUGGCGCAGAUGAAAGAUUGCCAGAACACGCAGCAAGCGCGCAAGAAGCUUGACAGCCGACGGUUGGCCUACGAUACAUCUCUCGCAAAGAUGCAGAAAGCGAAACGAGAGGACUUCCGUGUCGAAGAAGAGCUGCGUAGCCAGAAAGUCAAGUAUGAAGAAGCUAGCGAUGACGUGCUCCGCCGCAUGCAAGACAUCAAGCUGGCAGAAGCCGACAAUGUGAUGGACAUGUCGGCUUUCCUGGAUGCCCAACUGGAAUACCACGAGCGCUGCCGGGAGGCACUCAUGCAGCUUAAGAAUGAAUGGCCUGGCGGGACCAGUCAAGGGCAAGCUCCCAGCCGUCGGCCAAUGCGUGCCCGUUCCAACACAGCCCAGUCGCAUCAGGAACGAUACGAGCCACUGCAAGAGGAAUUAUUGAAUGCUACCGACAGCCGUCCUACCCUGCGGGCCAGCAGAACUACCUCGGCGCAUACGACAGGGUCUCCGGCGCGAGACCCCUACGCAGCCAACAAUGGGUACCAUCGUCCUACUCCGAGCCGCACAUCCACGUUUGAAGGCCCUACUCAACUGCGACAGGAGCAGCCCCCCGCGGCAUCUCAGUGGAUUCAGCGUGCCACCAGCGAAAAUCUGACUGGGCGCUCCAGCAGUACCCAACUUGGCGUCGGCCGAGGCUCUGGUGAUCCCUAUGCGGAUCCCGAGGAAGUGAGCUCUUAUGGUCGUUCGAGCCCCGAGCGCAGCAUGUAUGGCCGAUCUAUUUCUCCUGCAACCUCCCACGGCAGUGUGAUAUCGCGCCAGGCCAGUGCGACGGCUUUGAACUCGAACGGAUCGAACAAGAAGGCUCCUCCACCUCCACCUCCUUCUCGUGCGAAGAAACCCCCGCCGCCUCCACCGCCCAUGAAACGUACGCUUCUCGCAGCGACGGAUGCGUAG